AAAGAACAAUGGCUGGACUGAGGAGAUUAGACAGGAAACACGUCAUCCUUACAGUUCUGGUUGUCUGCCUGACCUUGAACUUCCUGCUCCUCUGGCUGAUCUAUCCUACGCGACAUGUUCAACAGACCGUCCAGCGUAUAGCCCCUCCCCUUCCUGUAGGAAAGUACGGCCUUACCUUUCAACCCUCUCCCCACAUGAUCUCACAAUGUGUACAGCACUGCCAUCCCAAAUUUACCGUCGUUGGUGUCGAUAAGGACGCUGUGAAACACGCAUGUCGCCAACAGAAGAAAAUCAAUCAAAGUUUAAUCACGAUGGUGAAGGUUCUAGAAAACCGAGAAAAGAAAAUCUUGUCGUUUCUUUUAAAGCCUGUCGUUAACCAUAUACAACAUGCCUACACGCAUAACCCACGCCACGCUUGCGUGUUUAAUAAGACAGACGUUCUUUUUGUAAUACCGUCGUCGGCUGCUAAUUUCGAAAACAGGGUCAAGGUCAGAAACUCUAGUAUUGGUCAGUUUGUCAAACAGCGGCAAAACAAAGCCGCCAUGUUGUUUUUUCUUGGCAAACCGCCAACGGAUGUGGAGAAUAUCCAGCGCAAGAUUGACGUGGAGUCUGGUAACCAUGGCGACAUCGUGCAGGAGAACUUUCUCGACGUUUAUUCCAACAUCCGACUCAAGGCGUUGUCCAUGCUAUACUGGGCAGCCGAGUUCUGUCCGCAGACGACAUUUGUUAUACGGGCAGACGAUGACGUCAAAGUCUUCCCAGACAAACUGGUGUCUGUUUUACGAGACACACACAGCAGACAUGGGAACUUUAUUUUAGGGAACAAGGUUAUAGGCUGGGAACCCAUUCGGAAAAAGAAUUCCAAGUACUAUUUAUCAGAGGGUGAGUACCCUCACUCCACCCUUCCACCGUUCGCGCUGGGUGGAUUGCUGGGGUACCCCAUCUGUACCGUGUGGCUGUUGUACCAGGCGGCGCUCAGGGUCAGACCCGUGUGGUUGGAUGACGUGUACGUCACGGGGAUCUGCGCACCGGAAGUUGGGGUCCCUGUACUCAAUGACACCAAUUUUGGGUUCAAGCACUGGGACUGGUGA